AUGGCGCCGAUGCGACUCCUGCAGGGCGAGGUGGAGGCGGCGACACCGGGGAAGCUUGCGUCCAAAGAUCCGCAACUGCGCCCGCCGCCCACCCCGUGCGGCUCGCGGUGUCACCGCCGGUGCUCGCGGGGGCUUCGGCGAGCACGACUAACGGUGGUGCUGGGUGGGAACCGUAGCUGCAGGACGGGGUGGGGGCCAGCGCCGGCGAGGAGGUGGAUCGGAAGAAAACUACGCAACUGGCGUCGGGAAAAUGGAGGCGACGUCGCUGAGCUCGCUGACGCACGACCGUCUUCGGGGCUGCGGGUGCCACACGGGAGGCACCUACUGCUGCCGCAGCCAGGCGGGUUCGCGCGCAAGCUCGCGCAGCAUCUAUCGCGGCCUGCCGACCGGGUGCGACAGUACAUCGACGUCGCCGCCGGAACCACUGCGCUCGUCUUCGUCCACGACGACGAGGAUCUGGAGCACCUCGCCCUCUAG